GAUCCUAAAGCGAACAAAACAUGGCUUACAAGUUUAUCGUGAUCCUGGCGGUAGUCGGGCUGGUGCGAAGUGCCCUGGUGCCUGUGGCUCCUGCUGUCGCCCCAGCAAUCGCUGUGUCCGCUAAAUUAGAAGACUUUGAUGCUGCGCCCCAGUACAGCUUCGCUUAUGACGUCCAGGACGCCUUGACGGGAGACUCCAAGGCCCAGUACGAGACCAGGAACGGUGACGUCGUCCAGGGAAGCUACAGUCUGAUUGAGGCGGACGGUACCCGCAGGAUAGUCGACUACACAGCGGACCCCAUCAACGGAUUCAAUGCAGUUGUCAGCAGAGAGCCAGCGUUGGCAGCCAUCGCUGCGCCCGCGGUACCAGUUGCCGGUGUCGGCGUGUCUUCGAUUGUCCCAGCGGCCGGAGCUACUCCAGGCGGCAUUCCUCGGCCUCAGAUCCCAGCGAGCGGUCCCGACUCCGAUGUGGAGGUCAUCGAGGCCCGCUCCGGGCCCAUCAGGCAGUCGCCCCAGAAACUCACCCAGCAGUCGGUUAAACAGAACCAGAGGAUAACGGAGGGAGUUGCGGAACGAUCAGCGGAUUCUCCGGUCAGAGCUGUCGCUUCGAACCUCGUCGAUACUCCUGUCAGGGCUCCCAUUGUGUCCGCACCUCUUCAAUAUCCAGGAUAUGCUGCGUACACCGCGUACUCUUCGCCAAUCGCUUUCACCGGUCCAUUCGCCGGACUCACCUACCCCCAAACUUAUGUAUAAAAUCCCUGAUCUGUUGUGACAC